GGAGACACUUUCUAGUUGACGGCGGCGCGCCUGGUGGAAGAGGCUGUAACUCACCAGUAACUCGCCCUCCCUCCUACUAUAAGCGCUGCCGAUGCGACAUGUGGGGUGCACGAGUGUAACCUUAAUGGUGUCAUGUGUUGUAAAUACCGGUGAUACGUGUUAGUAUAGGUAAUAAGACAGUACUGUUUAUUCUACUAUUUGUAAAAGUGUCAACCUUACAAUGGUGGAACAAUAUAGAGAAACCCGUUUGUCCGCAAAAAUUUCCCAUGUCUCAUUUGGGGUGGAUAAUGCAGAAAAAAUUCAAUCUCAAGCCCAUAUACAUGUUGUCGCAAAAAGUUUGUAUAAUCAAGAUGCUCAAAGAACUCCAGUUCCAUUUGGAGUUCUUGAUCGUCGAAUGGGAACCAACCAAAAGUCAGCAGUGUGUGAAACUUGUGGAAAAGGGUUAACGGACUGUGUUGGUCAUUACGGUUACAUAGAUUUAGAGCUACCUGUGUUUCACAUUGGCUAUUUCCGUUCUGUCAUUGGCAUUUUACAGACUAUAUGCAAGACAUGUUCAAGAGUUCUACUCGCAGUGAAAGACAGGGAAAAAUUUAGGCAUAAAGUUGUGAAUCCUAAUCUCCCUUAUUUAGUUAGAAAAGCUUUGCGAAAACAGAUAUUGGAUUUAUCUAAGAAAAUUUCCACAUGUCCUCACUGUGGGGACAUCAAUGGAACUGUCAAGGGUGCUGGGUUAUUGAAAAUUUUGCAUGAUAAAUAUCGUUCAAAGAAAAACACAGAUAAUGUGUUGAGUAAGAAGAUAGCGGAGUACAGUGAAGCUGUUGAAGCAAAUAAUGAAUUGUCAAGUGUAGUUACAUCAGGUUUGCUCUAUAUACUCAAUCCUUUGGAAGUGUUGGAAAUUUUACAAAAGAUUCCAGAAGAAGACAUUCCAUUUCUUUUAAUGAAUCCUGACAGAGGCAAACCUAAAGACUUGAUAUUAACAAGGUUACCAGUGCCUCCGUUAUGUAUUCGUCCAUCUGUGGUGUCCGAGCUGAAAUCUGGAACUACUGAAGAUGAUUUAACAAUGAAAUUAUCUGAAAUAAUAUUUAUCAAUGAUGUAAUAAAUAGGCACAGACAGACUGGAGCUAAAGUUCAAAUGAUUAAUGAAGAUUGGGAAUUUUUACAGUUACAUUGUGCAUUGUAUAUAAAUAGUCAGACGUCUGGAAUCCCCCUUAAUAUGCAGCCUAAAAAGUCAAGUCGUGGUCUAGUUCAAAGAUUGAAAGGUAAACAAGGGCGUUUUCGAGGAAAUUUAUCAGGCAAGAGAGUGGACUUCACAAGUCGAACUGUCAUAUCUCCUGAUCCAAACCUUAAAAUGAACAAGGUUGGUGUUCCAAUUUAUGUUGCAAAGCAACUGACAUUCCCAGAACGCGUAAACAACAUAAAUCUUCAGCUCAUGCGGCAACUUGUCAUAAAUGGUCCAGAUAAGCAUCCUGGAGCUAACUUUAUUGUUGAACAAAGAAACAAUUUAAAAAAAUAUCUUCGCUUUGGGAACAGGCAGAAAAUAGCUCAAGACUUGAGGCCUGGGGAUAUUGUAGAAAGGCAUCUAAGAGAUGAUGAUAUUGUAUUAUUCAACCGUCAACCAAGUUUACAUAAAUUAAGUAUUAUGUGUCAUCGAGCUAAAGUGCUUGAACAUAGAACUUUUAGAUUCAAUGAAUGUGUUUGUACUCCUUACAAUGCUGAUUUUGAUGGGGAUGAAAUGAAUUUGCACCUUCCACAAACAGAAGAAGCACGGGCUGAAGCUCUAGUCCUGAUGGCUAAUAAAUCAAAUCUGGUUACUCCUCGAAAUGGAGAACUGGUAAUUGCUGCAACUCAAGAUUUCAUAACUGGUGCCUACCUUCUUACUCAGAAAGACUUUUUUGUGACCCGUUCCCAAGCAUGUCAGAUGACUGCUUGUUUGCUGGCUGCUGAUGAUUCAGCAAUGACUGUUGACCUACCACCACCAGCGAUUGUCAAGCCCAUGAAGUUAUGGACAGGGAAACAAAUCUUCAGUUUAAUCUUGCAUCCUAAUAGAAGUUGUCCUGUAAAAGCUAAUCUCCAAACAAAAGGUCGAGCAUACACCAAAAAUGAAGAUCUAUGCAUCAAUGAUUCAUAUGUUGUUAUUAGGAACUCAGAACUACUGGCUGGAACUAUGGAUAAAUCAACAUUGGGAUCUGGAUCCAAGAACAACAUAUUUUAUGUGUUGCUCUGUGAUUGGGGAGAGGAUGUUGCUGCUAAAGCAAUGUGGCGACUGGCAAGAAUGACAUCUUAUUUCCUUAUGAACAGAGGAUUUUCAAUUGGUAUUGGAGAUGUUACACCAGGUCAAGGUCUUUUGCGAGCCAAGCAUGAUUUGUUGACUGCUGGGUAUGGAACGUGCAAUGACUACAUCCAGAAAAUGAAUGAAGGUCGCCUUACCUGUCAACCAGGAUGCUCUCAGGAGGAAACACUGGAAGCAAUGAUUCUUAAGGAACUAUCUGUGAUCCGUGACCACGCAGGCAAAGCCUGUCUUAAAGAACUGGACCCUAGUAACAGUCCUCUAGUAAUGGCUUUAAGUGGAUCCAAAGGUUCAUUUAUCAACAUUUCACAAAUGAUUGCUUGUGUGGGCCAACAGGCCAUAAGUGGACAUAGAGUACCCAAUGGAUUUGAAGACAGGGCUUUGCCACAUUUCCAGAGACAUUCUAAAAUUCCGGCUGCCAAAGGGUUUGUGGAAAACAGUUUCUAUUCUGGACUUACUCCCACUGAGUUCUUUUUUCACACAAUGGCUGGUCGUGAAGGUCUAGUAGAUACUGCUGUUAAAACUGCAGAGACUGGAUACAUGCAGCGGCGACUUGUGAAAGCUCUGGAGGAUCUUUGUGUUCAUUAUGAUGAAACUGUGCGAAAUUCAAUUGGGAAUGUUAUUCAGUCUCGUUAUGGAAUGGAUGGGCUGGAUCCUACGUAUAUGGAAGGUAAAGAUUGUCCAGUUGAUUUCCAAAGAAUUCUGGACCAUGUUAGAUCGAAAUCUCCUCAUAGAGAAGAACCUCCUCUUGAUGGGCUCCAGAUAAUACAAGCUACUGAAGAAAUUUUGAGGGACUCUCAGUGCAGUUCUCUAGAUGAAGGAUUUAAGGUGGAAAUGCAAACUUUCUUGAAAAAUGUAGCUGCUAGAGUUGCAAGAAUCUCUCGUAAAUAUAAUUUAAGUGAAAAUACUCCUCACUCUGCCUGCGUCAAAGAGUUGGAACGUGUGACAAUUACACAAUUGGUUGAGUUUUGUCAUUCUUGCUCUGCAAAAUUUACACGAUCAAGAAUUGAACCAGGAACUGCUGUUGGUGCUUUAGCUGCUCAAAGUAUAGGAGAACCAGGAACUCAGAUGACCUUGAAGACAUUUCAUUUUGCUGGUGUAGCAUCUAUGAACAUCACACAAGGUGUGCCAAGGAUCAAGGAAAUUAUCAAUGCGAGUAAAUCUAUCAGCACACCUAUUGUAACAGCAGUAUUAGAAAAUGAUUCAGAUCCUGAAUGUGCAAGAAGAGUCAAAGGUCGUAUUGAGAAGACAACUUUAAGUGAAAUCACAGAAUACAUAGAGGAAGUUUAUUUACCUGAUGAUGCAUUUCUGUUGAUAAAAUUGUCUCUUGAACGCAUUAAUCUUCUCAAGUUGGAGGUGGAUGCUGAGUCCAUACGCUACAGCAUUUGUACUUCACGCCUUAAGAUAAAAGCAAACCUUGUAUCUGUUGUAUCAGAUUCCAUAAUACUUAUACGUCCAGGCAAAACAAGUCUCGCAAUGAGUAAUACAUUAAGUGGCUUCAAAGAAACUGUUCCGAAAGUUAUUAUCAAGGGUCUUUCAAAUGUGAAUCGGGCCGUGAUUCACAGUGAAGAGUCUGGUGGAAAAACUUGCUACAAGUUAUUUGUGGAAGGUGAUAACUUGCGUGAAGUAAUGGCUACUCCAGGGGUCAAAGGCACUUGUACUACCUCAAAUAAUAUAUAUGAAGUAUACACAACUCUUGGUAUUGAAGCUGCUCGAACUACUAUUAUGAAUGAAAUCCGAGUAGUAAUGGAGAAUCAUGGAAUGAGCAUAGACAGGAGGCACCCAAUGCUUGUGGCUGAUCUGAUGACCAGUCGAGGAGAAGUUCUUGGUAUUACUCGCCAUGGAUUGGCAAAAAUGCAAGAAUCUGUUCUCAACCUAGCCUCUUUUGAAAAGACUUCAGAUCACUUAUUUGAUGCAGCAUAUUAUGGCCAAACAGAUGCUAUUACUGGAGUCAGUGAAUCCAUCAUUAUGGGCAUACCAAUGUCCAUUGGAACUGGCAUAUUCAAGCUGUUGUAUAAAGCUGAUGGUGGGUAUGAUGCUGUGCCAAGGGAGUUGAUAUUUGAUAAUCCUGCUCAUCAAACAUCACUGAAAGUUCAUUGAGUUUUGUAAAUGUAAGUAUGAAAAUGUCAUUGUAAUUGCAAGGUGCAUUCAAAUCAAUUGUGAACUUGAGUAUUCUUUUUAAUUGAGACUCUUCUUGUAAUCAGAAUGCUCAAAUUGUCUUUUUCUGAACAAAUAUCUUUAUUAAAAAGGGCUCCACUUUUUCUUUGUCAAAGAGAAAGGCUUCUACAAAAGGUAUAGGGAGGCUCUUCCAGCUGCAUAUUUGCAUAUCAUUCCAGUGUUGAAAGCAUUGGGAGAUCUAGUAACAUCAUUCAUUAUACAUUAUUUCAUUCCCUUAAAUUAUUUGCUAAAUGGGAAGUGAUAGAGUUUUUUUCUUUUUCUUUCUUCGAGUUUGUGAUGUCUAAAUAGAAAAAUGAAAAGUUUAUUAUUAGUGUAAAAUUCUGUAACUAUUGUGUGUACAUAUUUAUUUUGCUGAAGCAUGUUACAGAAUUUCAUUGAUUGAAGGUUGUAUUAUAUGUGCAUUUGCAAGUGAAAUUGUAAAGUGGCUAAGAAUUGUUUGUACAAUCAUUGUGCUUCUAAUAAAGUUUUAUUUUGUGUAUCAGGAAUCAA